GCUGGUCAGAGUUGUCUUUCAGGUUUCGUGAUGGGCAUCUGGAAAUCUUGUUAACAGAGAGGAGCUCGCUUGGAAGCUUCUCAGAAGGCACUUUCAGCGCGCCUUUCUGUGGUAGCAAAAAUGGUGAGGACUGAAGAGGCAGGCAGGCAGUUGCCGGGUCAGUUCCUUCUUGCGAAGACGAGUAGACGUCUCUCUCUAUGCAUUGUAUGCUACUUGCCACUUGCCACUUGCCAGAGUAGGGAUGGCCGAUCCGGUAGCCAGCGUGGAGACGAUCGUGAGGAUCGCCCUGGCGAUCAGCAAGGCCGUCGGCACUGCUCAGAGGAACAUCGACCAGUGCAAGGACGUCCAGGCUCAGGUGAGCGUAGCCAAGGACAGCCUGCUGGUUCUGCAGAGGAAGGGGCUGAUGGACGACAAGGGCUCCGCGGUGGGCCGCGCGCUGGGCCACCUGAAGACGACGCUCAGGCGCGCCCUCGAGCUCGUCAGGGCCUGCCAGCAGGAGGACCAGAGCUUCGUGCAGCGCGUCCUCAGGGCGGAGGACCUGUCGAGCCAGCUGCGCCAGGUGAAGCAGGACAUCCUGCAGGAACUGUCCAUGGCGACCUUCGCCAUCAACGCCCACAUGGCGCCCGACGCGCAUCACGAUGGCCAGCGGCAGCUUCAGGUUCAGCAUCGGAGGCAUGAGACACCAGCACACCAGAAGCAUGAGCAUGGACAGGGCAAGAUGCCUGAACAUCGACGGAUCACAGAUUCUGAGCAUAGGAGGACCAAGACGUCUGAACACCGCACAACCAAGACACCUGAAUGUCGGAGGAACAAGACGCCUGAACAUCGGACGCCCAACGCACGUGAGCAUCGACGGGCCACGGAUCCUGAACAUCGAAGGACCAAGACGCCUGAACAUCGGAGGCCCAAGACACCCGAACGCCGAAGGCCCGACACACCUAAACAUCAGAGGCCCGACACAUCUGAGCAUCGAAGGGCUGGUACGCAUGUCCAUCAGAGGCCCAAAAUGGUAGAGAAACAAAGGCCCAAAACGCCUGCACAUUAGGGCCGGAAAUGGGCGAACA